CCUCGCCAAUACUCUCCUACUUCCCCUCCAAACAAUUUAGAGUGAGAAAGUGUGUAAGAGAGAGACAUUUUAUACAUUUAUAUGGAGAUUGUUGGUUCAAUUUUUACAUUCCUCUUUCUCUCCACAACUUUUAUGGUCUCAUAUUACUUGAUCAUAAGCUAUCAAAAAACAAAAACCAAACACAAGGCUAAACUUCCACCAGGAUCAAUGGGUUGGCCUUUCAUAGGAGAGACCCUCCAACUCUACUCCCAAGACCCAAACAUACUAUUUGCCACCAAACAGAAAAGAUACGGAGACAUAUUCAAAACGCAUAUAUUGGGAUGUCGUUGCAUCAUGCUGGCCAGCCCUGAGGCGUCCCGGUUCGUGCUGGUGACUCACCCGCACCUCUUCAAGCCCACGUACCCGAAGAGCAAGGAGAAGCUGAUUGGUCCGUCCGCGCUCUUCUUUCACCAAGGGGUUUACCACUCUCAACUGAGAAAACUGGUCCGGAAUUCCCUCUCCCCAAACACCCUCCAGAAAAGAGUCGCUGAUAUUGAGGCCAUAGCCAUCUCUGCUCUUGAGUCUUGGGCUAGAGGAGAUCAGGUCAUUAACACCUUCCACGAGAUGAAAAAGAUUUCUUUUGAUGUCGGCAUUCUUUCCAUCUUUGGUGAGUUAAACGACAAUUAUAGAGAACAGCUCAAGGAGAAUUAUUGCAUAGUAAAUAAAGGUUAUAACUCUUUGCCAACCAGCAUACCAGGAACUGCAUAUCAAAAAGCACUCUUGGCCAGGGAAAGGCUUAACGAGGUUCUGAGUGAGAAAAUCUACGAGAGAGAGGAGAAGAAGACAGUGGAAAAGGAUCUGUUGGGACAUCUUUUGAAUUUCAAGGACGAAAAAGGAGAAACCUUGAGCAAGGAUCAGAUUUCGGAUAACAUCAUCGGAGUUCUGUUUGCUGCUCAGGACACAACUGCCAGUGUCUUGACUUGGAUACUUAAGUACCUCCAUGAUGACCAAAAACUUCUUGAAGCUGUAAAGGCAGAGCAAAAGGCGAUAUUUGAAGCGAAUGAUGGAGGGAGAAAGCCCUUAACAUGGGCACAGACCAGAAACAUGCCACUAACAUAUAGGGUUAUAUUAGAAAGCUUGAGGAUGGCUAGUAUUAUAUCUUUCACCUUCAGGGAAGCAGUGACUGAUGUAGAAUACAAUGGAUACCUCAUCCCAAAGGGUUGGAAGGUCAUGCCCUUGUUUAGAAACAUUCAUCACAAUCCCGAGUUCUUUUCUGAUCCUCAGAAGUUCGAUCCAUCUAGAUUUGAGGGUCAUCCAAAGGCCAAUACUUUCAUGCCAUUUGGCAAUGGGGUACACUCUUGUCCUGGAAACGAGCUUGCCAAGCAGGAGAUGCUCAUUUUAAUCCACCACUUAGUCAAUAGAUUCAGGUGGAAAGUGAUGGGAUCUAAUAGUGGGAUUCAGUAUGGCCCAUUUCCAGUUCCUCAAAAUGGACUCCCAGCCAGAUUCUGGAAAGAUCCAGCAAUAUGAACCUUGAUUUUUACUCACCUGACUAAAAUAUGGCUUACCCUUUCCCAACUUCUGUUUUCUCUUUUCUUUAUCUCCCUAACCCAAUCCUACAGCCCUCUGUUUUUACAAAUGGGGGUUUCUCUCUGUCUCUCUAGAGUUAUAUUGCUAUUAUUAUUAGCUUGUUGAUGUACUAUCUGCAUGCAUUUGUAGCUCAUGUUACAUUACAUUAAAUAAUUAAUAAUAAUAGACUAAUGAGUGUAAUAACUAUCCACAAUAAUAGAUG